CGCGCACCCGAGGGGGUUCGGGCGGGGAAACGGCUCCGGCCCGGACCCCCCCUGCGGGAGCAGACGACGGGCGUGAGGGCGAGGCGGCGGCUGCGAACGAGGAGCUGCGGUCGCUGGGACCGUGUCUUCAGGUUUUCUUCACUUCAUCGUGAAUUGUAGCACAUCAGACUACACAAGGUGUCUUAGUUGAAGUUUCAUCAGUUGUAAAAUUAGAGAUUUGUAGACUACUGAAAAGAAGGCAUUUUCAGAGCCAGAGAUGUGAACUUAAAAACUCCUGGGCCAGGGUUCACAGACCAUAUUGAGAAAAUGACUGUGGUGUUGGAAGAUCAUUACUUUUGGAAAGCCGAUUAGCAUCAAUUCCUAAGAGAAAUUUGACCAUCAUUUGUUCUGGCAUGGCGCAAAGCAGUCCACAGCUUGAUAUUCAGGUUCUCCAUGAUCUUCGGCAACGUUUUCCUGAAAUUCCAGAGGGUGUGGUUUCUCAGUGCAUGUUACAGAAUAACAACAAUCUUGAAGCCUGUUGCCGAGCCCUUUCCCAGGAGAGUAGCAAAUACUUAUAUAUGGAAUACCAUAGUCCAGAUGACAAUAGAAUGAAUAGAAAUCGCCUUUUGCAUAUUAACCUGGGUAUACAUUCUCCUGGUAGCUACCACCCAGGAGAUGGAGCUCAACUUAAUGGUGGUCGAACACUGGUACAUAGCUCAAGUGAUGGACACAUUGAUCCACAGCAUACAGCAGGUAAACAGUUGAUUUGCUUAGUUCAGGAACCACACUCCGCUCCAGCUGUUGUGGCUGCUACUCCCAACUACAAUCCAUUUUUUAUGAAUGAACAGAACAGAAGUGCAGCUACUCCUCCUUCACAGCCACCUCAACAGCCAUCUUCCCUGCAAACAGGAAUGAAUCCAUCUGCUAUGCAAGGGCCUUCACCGCCGCCGCCACCACCUCCUUCAUACAUGCACAUACCUCGGUAUAGUACAAAUCCAAUUACUGUUACAGUGUCCCAAAACCUCCCUUCUGGACAGACUGUACCAAGAGCUUUACAGAUUCUUCCACAAAUUCCAAGCAAUCUCUAUGGGUCUCCUGGUUCUAUUUAUAUUAGACAGACAUCUCAGAGUUCAUCAGGAAGACAAACUCCUCAGAGUACGCCAUGGCAGUCCUCACCACAAGGCCCAGUGCCUCAUUAUAGCCAACGUCCUUUACCUGUUUAUCCACACCAACAGAACUAUCAACCUUCACAGUAUUCUCCCAAACAGCAGCAGAUUCCCCAGUCUGCUUACCAUUCACCUCCUCCUUCUCAGUGUCCUUCACCCUUCAGCUCUCCACAGCAUCAAGUACAACCUUCCCAGUUGGGCCACCCAAGCUCCCAUGUGUUUAUGCCACCUAGUCCUUCAACUACUCCACCCCAUCUAUAUCAACAAGGACCUCCUAGCUAUCAGAAACAGGGAAGCCACUCAGUAGCCUAUCUCCCAUACACAGCAUCUAGCUUACCCAAAGGUUCCAUGAAGAAGAUAGAAAUUACAGUUGAACCUCCUCAAAGACCUGGGACAACAAUUACUAGGAGUCCUUCACCCAUCAGUAAUCAACCCUCUCCUCGGAAUCAGCAUUCACUGUACACAGCCACCACGCCACCUUCAAGUUCUCCUUCAAGAGGGAUGUCUAGUCAACCAAAACCUCCAUUUAAUGUUAAUCCUGUGUAUAUUACAUAUACACAGCCAACUGGACCUUCAUGUGCUCCAUCGCCAUCUCCUCGGGUGAUACCAAACCCAACUACAGUUUUUAAAAUUACUGUAGGCCGAGCAACAACUGAAAAUCUUUUAAAUUUAGUGGACCAAGAAGAGCGCUCUGCAGCACCAGAACCUAUUCAGCCCAUUUCAGUGAUACCAGGCUCUGGGGGAGAAAAGGGAAGCCAUAAAUAUCAGAGGAGCUCUAGUUCUGGAUCAGAUGACUAUGCCUAUACACAAGCCUUGCUGUUACAUCAGCGAGCAAGGAUGGAGAGGUUAGCAAAGCAAUUGAAAGUUGAGAAAGAGGAGCUAGAGCGGUUGAAGGCUGAAGUUAAUGGUAUGGAGCACGACCUGAUGCAGAGACGCCUCAGAAGAGUCAGCUGCACCACUGCGAUCCCCACGCCUGAGGAAAUGACAAGAUUGAGAAGCAUGAACAGACAACUCCAGAUAAAUGUUGACUGUACACUGAAAGAAGUUGACCUCCUUCAAUCUAGAGGAAACUUUGAUCCAAAAGCCAUGAAUAAUUUUUAUGACAACAUAGAACCUGGUCCAGUUGUACCACCAAAACCAUCCAAGAAAGACUCCUCAGACCCCUGCACAAUUGAGAGAAAAGCUCGAAGAAUUAGUGUGACCUCCAAAGUACAGGCGGAUGUUCAUGACACCCAGGCAGCAGCUGCAGAUGAGAAUCUAACUGGCUCCACACACAGUCCUCGGAUACAACCCCGAGAUGAAGACUACGAAGGGGCUCCGUGGAAUUGUGACAGCUGCACCUUUCUUAACCACCCAGCACUAAAUCGCUGUGAGCAGUGUGAGAUGCCACGGUACACUUGAAUUCAGAAGAGUUGGCACCAGGUUAAGAGUGAAACUUUUUGAGCACCAUGAGAAAAGGAAACCUCAGGAGUCUAUUCAUCUGCCCAGCCUUUUCAUUUUCAAUUGCACAGGGGGGGGGUAGGAGGAGGAAUGGCACUGUGGUCACUGUGCUCACAAAAGGAAUAUGGUGAGGUCUUUCUUUUUUCCUUUCUUAACUCAUUGCAGAGUUAGAGGUAGAAAGGAAUACUUGAAACUGGGGAAGGAUUCACUCCUGAAAGAAUGUACACAGAGCUAAGUCAAGAGCUCUUCUGUGGAAUCCCAAUUGUUAAAGUUACUGCUGAGUGGCCCUUAUGUUUUUUUUGAAGUCAAACCUUGAAUGAUAUUAUGAAAAGUUAACAGUUUAUGCAGACAAACUGUGAAUUCCAGAGUAGGCUUACCUGGCCACAGCUCUCUGGAAAACCAAGGCUCCCUGUGCUUCUUCCCAUGCUUCCUAUGAAGAGAAGGACAGGAAAAAGCACCCAGAAUAUGAUUUUUUUUUUUUGCAAAAUAAUAGAGAUAUUUUUAAUUGCUGCUUUUUUUCAGGGGUAAUUUCAAACACAAACAAUAUGUUUUAAAAUGUGAUUUGUAGCAGUCAGGAAUUAGGCAUAUUAUGCCCAUCAUUGGAAAGUACAAUCAGAGGUGGUAAGAUCCCUUUGGCUUGUACAAGGUUUCAUCAAGCUAUAUCAACACUGGUAACUAAGACCUGAUUAUGCCAUAUAAGAGAUAUAUUUUUAAGUUACUGUAUGCUUUUAUUAGGCCGUUUUAAAAAAUAACAAAUCCUUACAAAGUAUGAUUUUAUAAAUGACAUUCUUGUAAAACUGCGCUUUGCCAAUAGCACAGUGAAUGUAUGCCAAAUGCAAGUCCAUUCCAAAAUCUAUUUGGAAAUCUUGAGCUCAGCUGUGGUUCUUAAGAAAUGUUUGCAGUUCAUAGGGCUUUUUUUUUUGCCUCCUUCCAAUUUUGUGAUGAAUUCAUGAUGUUUACAGCACAGAUAAUACUUUGUGCCAUAAUCCUAAUUUAGCUGAAGAAAAAAAAUCAAUAUUAGCUGUUCAAUAAAGAUUUAUUUACACAUAUGU